UGCUACGUGUUCACAGAAUUAUCCUAUGCGCCUGUUCUCCAUAUUUUGACACGAUGCUCACUUCCAAUUUCCGAGAGCAAAGUUACGAAGUGAUCGAGCUGCCCCAUCUGAGCUCAGGCGCGGUCGACAAGCUCAUCAACUUCUUUUACACCGGAGUACUCAAGGUCGAUCAUGAGAGCGUUUAUGACGUGUUCGCUUGUGCUGACAUUCUUCUACUGGAAGAGACCAAGAAAUGUCUGGUGCGAUUUCUUCAACAGACUCUCAACCUAGAAAACGCCGUGGCAAUUUGCCACAUCGGAAAGAUUUACUCGAUCCUCGAGCUCAGUCAAAGUGCGGAGCGUUUUUUGGCCCGAAACUUCAACGACCUUUUGGCGACUGAAAGCUUCACUGAUCUGACACAUGAAGAACUAACGGGGAUUUUGAACGACCACGCGCUUUACAUCGAAUCCGAAGAUAUGCUCUUAAACGCUCUCAUCAAUUGGUCCAUGAUCAAUGCGAGAGAGGAUCUCUUAAUGUCGCUGAUGUCUUGCGUGAACAUGAAUGCCGUCAGUGAAGACUGUCUCAAUCAUUUGGCGCUCACCGGUCUAACCGAUCUGGUCGCAGAUCUGAGGAACUCAAAUUUGACGCCUGCCCUCGCCCAACCGUCAUUGCGGCGACAACGGCGGACCAAUUCUCUGAUAUUAGCCAUAGCGUUCGAUAGCCGACUUCUGGAAUGCCUGGACUUGGAACAUUUCGAUCAAGGUUGGCACGUCCUCACCGAAGUGCCGAACAUGCGUUACGGUUUUAGUGGGGCGGGUAUUUCUACUUUCGGUGAUAAGGUGCUCAUCACGGGUGGGGUGGGCAAAAAGGGCAUUCUCAAGGCCGUGAACCGGUUCGUCGUGUACGACCUGAGGUCCAAUUCUUGGUCAGAUGGACCCAGUUUGAAGGAGCCGAGGAAAUGCCACCUCCAAGGAGUCACACAAGGGUCGCUGAUGAUCGCCGGAGGCACCGAUGAACAACAGGCUGUUCUUACCGCGCAGUACUUGGAUCUGAAACAAGAUCCAGCUCAGUGGGCGUGGUUGGAGCUUCCCACACUACCUUCCUGGCAUAAUGGGACAAGUCUCAUUGAAUUUGGUCAACAUCUCAUUGCCAUUUCUAAUUAUGGGAGCGACAGUGAUCGGAUGUUCAAUUUGCGAUCCAAGAUCUGGAGCAAUCUUCCUUUGGAGACCGCGGACUCCUGUCGGAUGACGCGAGAUCGCCCCGGGUGCACAAAAUUCGGCGAAGUUCUGAUUCUGGCCGGUGGGAGUGCGGGUCGCGAUCUGUGUAAAGAGGUGGAGAGCUAUAGUUUAGAAACUGCCCAAUGGGAGAAACACUCCAAGUUGAAUAUUGGGCGGGAAUGCCCGGGCAUGGCGGUCAUCCAAGGCCGCAUGUUUGUCAUUGGUGGAAAAGGCAGCACUGGAACUGUGGAGGAAUACAGUCCGGAAACCGGGACUUGGCACAUCGUGCCAGAUAUGAAACUCAAAUUUCAAAACGGGGAAUACUUUUGUGCAACCAUCUCGUGAUGAGCCACUGACUGAAAUGAUGUUUAUUAAGACAAGAAAAGUUUCAUGUUCA